AGACCUUGAUUCCUGGAACAGACAGUGCCGUCAUGCCUUCCGCAUUCGACAACUUAUUUUUCGACCCCAUCACCAAGAAAAUGAAAGACAAGAAGAAUAAGCGAAAUCAUAAUCGAAAGCGUUCGCCAGGCCAUGAAAAGAAGAAGAAGAACAUAUUCUUCACCUGGCAUAUGUUCGUGGAAGAUGUCGAGAGGUUUGCUGCUGCAAAUGACCCCGAGUAUAUUCCACAGAACUUUCAGCGACAAGAUUUCGUCAGAAUGGCAGGGAAGAUGUGGAGGGAAUUGCCGUUGGAUGACAAGGUGAAGCUAAACCUCAUAGGCAUAGCAGAAGCCAAGCUCUUGAAAGCAAUAGCUUUAAAGCGUUUGAGACUUCCCCAGUAUCUCGAGCGCGGUAACCCUACGGCGAGGAAGAAGUGGAAGGAAAUCGCUGAAGCAGCUGAGAGAGGUCGAGGUAGUAAUACAGCGGCACGCCCAGGAAAACGGAAGGACAGAGAUGAUGGUGACGCCCAGGUGGAUACAUUAAACGGUGAAGGAGACAGGAGCUCAUCGUCGAAGAAGAGGCGAAUUUGGAACGUAGACGAAGAACAUUACGAGGACCCAGUUCCCGCACCACCGUCCUCACGGAGCGCGCCCUCUGGUAAAGGUUUCGACUCUCUACCUCGUCGGCUCGCGAAGUUCUUCGAGACAGUUCGUACGGCGCUGCUGAAGCUGGAUCCCAGCGGGCUGCAUGGAUUUCUCAUGCUUGUCCCUACCAAUACACAAAUCUACCGCUCGAUGCUCUCCGCUGUUAAAUCAUCGACCGCUUCUUCCUCCUUCGGUCCACAACCACCCGAGGUAUACGAAACUAUGGCAAAGAGAGGCCUCCUUGAGUCUUUCCUCAAGGGAACAUUUCCGCGACCACGGGUGUUUGACCCUCGAUUGUUCCCGGAUUCGUCGACGAAAACUACGAGCGAGAUCCACCGCGAGUUCAUUUUCGUUAACAAGCAUCUCGUGAGCGUCUUCAAGAAGACCGACUCGGAGAAAGCGAAAUCCUCCCCCAAGGACCUCGAACAGGACACGUUCAAGACCUUCAUCACCCUGGUUGUUAUCCUUCACAACCUCGGGCAUGCUCUCUCGUCGCACUACAGUGGUCCUGGGAUCACAGCCCAUGUCGCAUCUUUCCCGUAUCACAUUAAGACCAGAUCUGACGAUGACCGGAAGUCGUCCAUGGUAUUUUUUCCUGAGCCAGGGUUCUUAGUCGAGCAGGCCUUCUUUGGUGGCAUCAUCGGGGUCGCCUGGGAGCAUGACUUUGACCGAAGUGCAAGAAAACCUCAGCUCUGGACGAACCAGAUCAAGUCCCUUUCUAUGCACUGUAGAGGCGGGAGUACGUAUGCGCUAGAUGCAUCGCUUCUCCAGGCCAAGCUCGACCGCCAGGACUUCGAUGUUCCCUUCGAUGUAUCCAACCUCCCUCGACUAUCGCUGUCGAACAUCAGUCUACGCACAUGCGCGAAUUUGAACUCUGAUCAUCUUCAUCUCUCGAUCAUGGGGGACGAUACAGGCCAUCUAUUUCGAGGCAAACACUCCCUACCGUCCUCCGCGUACGAACGUUACGAGAUUUUCGACGAUACGAGUGCACAAGGCUCGAUGCCACCGCCACCCGCGCCACUCUGGAAUUCAAAAGACGUGGCGCCCGCGGCGUGGGCCCAAACCCAGCCAGGGACUGCUUCCACUUCGCAAUCACACCAACUCUCGCGCCAUCAAGCCUCGUCUUCGCGCUCUGGACUGCACACCCACACCCAUCCAUAUUCCAGUUCACAAACACAGCCGCACCAGACGCAGCAUCCGCCCGGGUCACAUCCCCCAUCGCAGCCAGACUGGUCAUCCACCAGUGCAGCGUCGACAUCUUCGGACCCAUACUCUACUCAAACCGUCCAUGAUUCAUACAUACCUGGUGCCCAUCCUCAAUCCUACGCCCAACCUUCCCAAUCCGUCUCCACAACGUACCCUCCCACUACCUCUCUCCCUCAGAAUCAAUCACAUUCCAUCGCCGAGAUCGCCCAAACACCAGCUUCUCAGCUUUAUCCUCCACAAUCUUACCCGUCUCGCCCGCCUCCACCGCCCAGUCCCGUCAACCUUCCGGUCGACCAAGCGACCCUUGACCUCUUCGCAGCCCAAGCCCUCGGCAUCGGAGGUGGCGCUGACGUCGAUGAUCUUGACUGGAUGGCUGAUCUGGAGGAUGGCGAUGGUGAAGGUUCUUGGGAUCAAUACGCGGAUCAAAUCCAGUACUAUGCCGUCGACGAGGAGGGAGAUUCGGACGGCGAGCAGGACGAGGAAUCAGGCCGGGACACGACCGCGCAAGCUCCGCUCGAGGGCAGCGUUCUAGUGGAUGCGCAAGGUCAGGCUGUUAUGCCUGCCUACAACCAGUCCCAUGUUCACAACGUCAUGGAUGCAUCGUACGGAGCAGUAGUCGCCGCGGACGCUGGUUGUCCUCAAACUAAACCCUCUGACCCCGGAGCAUACCAGGCUCCCGUUCCCGCCGUCGGUUUACACGGUGUGCCGCAGAACGAGUACGUGACUUGGCCGUCACAAGCGUCGCAGGCGGAGUACAGUGCUCAGAUGCACUCGGGCGUUGAACCUGAUGGCGCGGUAUACGCCUUUGUACCUGAUCCGAGUCUGCUCUCUACCGUCGACGGUCCCAGCUCAGGCUUUCCCUACGCCUACCCUCUUCCCGAAUCUACCAGCACGCAUACGGGUGGAGGAUAUUAUGGAGAUUUUCAGCAGUAUCAGUCACAACCCUUCGACCCUAGCGCCGCCGCUCCUCAGGUGCCCAUCGGUGGCGGGUCGUACGCUGUGCCACAAAAGCAUUACCCCUACGCGGAGCCGGUUAUCAACACAACUCAGGCCCAGCCGUACCCGUCUACCGCCUCUACUGCUCAGAUGCCUGCCGACGCUACAGGCUCGGCGUAUCCUGCACCAUACCCACAGCAACAGCAUUAUCUCUACCCUAGCCAGGGUCAGACCCCAGGUUACGAUCCCAUCCCUGCAACAUCUGCCUAUGGACCGGCCACUUCGUACGAACCUCAGCAGCAAUACCCUCAGACCCAAACUUACGUCUAUCCUGGUCAAGACUACCAACCCGUCUCUGGGUCUGUUCACAACUAUCAAACCGCGCAAAGCGGCGAAUUCGCUCAGGCUGGGGCUCAGUAUUUUUCGACGCAAUAUGCGCCCUAUCCGACAAGUGCAGGUGUCCCAGUCUCAGUCGAUGCGACUUCAAACCCAAUGACACAUGCUCAGACUCCGGUCACUGCUGCGUCGUUCCACGGCGGUGCUGAGCAAGGGCCGGGUACUCAGUAUGGGUAUACGAUCGCACCACCUCAGGCUGGCGGAUCGGGGUAUCUCCCACCUUCGAAUGCAAGCGCGAAUGCGAACGGAGAAUGGCGGGGUGGAUAUAGUUCGUAGAGGGGGAUCGUCCUUUCGUGGGUGGCUCGCGCUGGAGGUUAGUAUGUGGCGUGGCGUGGCGUGCGUUGGUGGAUGUGGACGGAUGCGUUCAACUCAAGUCACGGUUGCUUUCUGUGUCUUUCUUCUUCUUCUUCUUCUUCUUCUUCUCUCUUUAUCUCUCUCUUAUUUAGCUUCGUUCUACUUUCUCUUAUGCUAACCACGUGUACGUACGUUUUCCCUUCGCUCCGUUCGUCCUUCACUGGAGCUCUAGGAUGCAUUGUUAUUAGCUAACGUUCUGGACUCUGUUUUUGUCCCGGCUCGGAAGCACAGAUUUUCAUGCUACUUAGUUGCUGGAUCUUUCUUACUUAUAUCAUUCGUCGUUCUCCAUCUUCGUCUUUCUACUUUUUCUUUUCAGGCCUCCGGGUCUUUGGAUAUCUUCGUUCUCAGAGUCUAUAUCGCAGACUCGAAUCUUUUUUGCGACUUUCUUCAUGCGCGAUUGGAUGGAUGGAUCUGCUGUACUGUACUGCUAAUAAAACGCACACCGAGUGUCUUCGCGCCUUCUCUCCUCGCCUUUUUUUCCUUUUUUUCCUCCCCUCUGUCUUCUUCACAAUUUUAUUUUUCUAUUUUUCUCUCUGGAUCUAUAUCUCUAACACUAUAUCCACUCCUCUCUGGAUCUCACCGCUGCGUCACAUCUCUACAUGGAAGCAAACCAUUACAGAAUCUGUUGUACUCACUGACCUUUGAAAUUAUUCUUCGACACCC